CGAUUUUGUAUUAAUGCGCAAAAAUGGCGCUACCCUUGUGAGUAAGUGUACUUGCUGUCAGGUAGAUGCAGAAAUUCAACCCUUUGUUGAUAGCAAAUUAUGGAUUCAACGAAAAGUAUAUUACCAAGACUGUUUCAGCUAACGCCUAUUGACUUUAAAGACGAAAAUGACGAGAAAUACGAGCGUUGUUGUCAACUUGUUUUGAAUCUUACCAAUGGUUUAUCAGAAAAGGAGGCACAUGAUGCUCUUAGUGUUGUUGUAUGUAAAAAUCCCCAAGGACAUGAUGAUGUCAAUCUAGGUCUUUUAAUAAAUAUUUUAAUUGAACCCACCACUUCAGCCAGGUUUUAUCGUGAUCUAACAUAUUUGACCCGAGAUGGCUUGAACUUAGUUUUAAAUCAUCUUACCCAAAUCAUCUUAGACAAAUUUAAUAAACUUCAAGAACAUUGUAGGAAUCAAGUGAUAUGGCUAAUAAAAGAAAUGAUAAAGAAUUCUGUAGCGGGUGUUGAUGGCCUUUGUUUUCAUCUUCUCAGACAAAUAGCAGGUGGAGAUUUAUCACCUAAAAAUAUUUGGUUAACAGAAUCACUAUUAGAUAUUUUUCUUGAAAACAGGGCUUGGGUUGAAAAGUUUUCUGUUUUAAUAGCUACAAUUGUGUAUACAUACCUUCGAUUAAUAGUAGAUCAUAUUGGUCCUAAAUUUGCAGUGCUUAGGCAAAAAGAAGUUGAUUUUUGUAUUUUACUGUUGCGAGAAAGAUUUUCUGAAUGUAUGAUGAUUGGUAGAGAUUUAGUAAGGCUAUUAUUAAAUGUGGCAAGAAUACCUGAAUUUGAAAAAUUAUGGAGAGAUAUUUAUUCUAAUCCAACAUCAUUCACACCUUCUUUCACCGGCAUAGCACAGUUACUAGCCAUGAGGACCUCUAGGCGAUUUUUACAAUGUAGGCUUACACCAGACAUGGAAAAGAAAAUUGCAUUCUUAACAUCACAGGUCAAAUUUGGUCAUCAGAAACGGUAUCAAGAGUGGUUCCAGAGACAGUACCUUUCCACACCUGAAAGUCAAACUCUUCGCUGUGAUCUUAUUCGUUUCAUUUGUGGAGUCAUUCAUCCUUCAAACGAAGUGCUUUGUUCAGACAUCAUUCCUCGAUGGGCAGUAAUCGGUUGGUUACUCACAACAUGUACAUCUAAUGUUGCUGCAUCUAGUGCAAAACUUUCAUUGUUUUUCGAUUGGUUGUUUUUUGAUCCUGAAAAAGACAGCAUUAUGAAUAUUGAACCUGCUAUCCUUGUCAUAUAUCAUUCCGUGAGGUCUCAUCCUGUAAUUACUGCAACAUUACUUGAUUUUUUGUGUAGGAUAAUGCCAAAUUUUAGUUUACCUUUGAAAGCUCAGGUAAAACAAGGGAUUCACACAUCUCUUCGCCAAAUCCUUGUAAAACGAGUUUUACCGUCCUUGUCCCCAUUAUUUGACAGUUCAAAACUGGACGGAGAGUUGCAAAUUUUAUUAAAAGAAACAUUUCCAGAAUUUUGUUCUCAGUCAGAAAUUAAAGUUGAUGAGCCUCUUAAAGAUCCAUCCGAUCUCAGCAUUAAAACAAAUCACACAUCCAUCAAUAAUACUGAGCAUGAAGCUCAGUUCAGCGAAGAUGAAGAUGACAUUCCAUUAGCAGAAAAACUUCGCAUACGAGACAUGAAAUUCAGACCAAUUAGAGAAACCAAAGUGGAUCAAAUUGUAAUUACAGAGUUGAUACAACAACUGAAUGACAACAUAAAACAACAUAUUGCUAGUUUGCAGGAAGAAAAAGAUUGUGAAACAAAAUGUGAAGUUAUAGAAAGGCUGCUUGAAGCUGUCUUACAAGAGGAAUUUGAUCAAGAUGUAACCUCAAUUUUAGGUGUGUGCCUAGCACAAAUAUUAAGUGAAGAAUUUAGCAGAAAAAUUUUUCCUGAUGAAGUAGAUGAUGAAUCAAUUGAAGACUCAAUUGGAACACCUCUUUUUGUAAUGUUUAGAAAUUUAUGUCAAACACCAGAAGAUGACCCCAACCGGCAACCUUUAUUGAAUAUUCUUGCUGAAAUGUCUAUGCAUCAACCUAGGCUGGGUUAUCUUCUUUUAUAUUAUUUGAAGGCAAGUAAAGCCCAAGAAAAUAGAAUGACAACCUACAAAGACUAUGUAAAUACUCAAGGCUCUUGGGCACCUGUUACAAGAAAUAGUGAAUCGAAAGAUUUAACAACUAGUUUACUUAAUGAUUUAAAAAUGUGUCAAGAAGAUGAUGUUCGUAUGUUUUGUUAUAUAAUACCUGAUAUAUAUGUACAGUUUCAAAGCAUUGCAGUUGGAAAUGCAAAACUAUUAAAUUUAAUUGUGUCCUGUAUAGAUCCAACACAGCUUCAAGACCUUAUAUGCCUUCUUAUACAAAAAAAUAUUAUUAUGUUUAAGAAAGAAUCUUUUCUGUCUGUGUUAAACGCUAGUUUAGAGUGGGAAUCUUUUGAGCAAUUCUGUCUGUGGCAGUUAAUAUCUGCCCAAAGUAUUCCCAUUGAACAUAUUCUUCCAGUGCUUCCUAAAUUAGAGUUUUCUGCUCACUCUGAAGCAUUAAUCAGCAUAGCAUUGCUAUUAAAGCAAGAAAAGCCUACUGCUGAUCUUUUAAAGCACAUAAUGAGCAGAGAAGUGAAACCAAAUGACCAGUUUGCAGUCACUGUUUUAACAUACUGGGCAAAAGAACAUGAAGAAGUCUUAGCAGAAUUAGUUUCAUCUCAUAUUUUAAAAUCAGGGUCUGCUCUGAAGCGAAAAAGACAACCUAAUAGCAAAGCUCUAGCACCAACUGUUGAUCAAACACUUGCACAUUUGGAUCAGCUUCGAAUUACAUGUAAACAAAAUGCCUUUUUUAAUUCAGAUGUCAUUCAGUCUGCUCUUUUGCAAGUACAAGCAUCUUGUUCCGAUACUCAGAAAACAAAGUUUAGUGAUUUAUUUGCCUUAGUAGAAGAACUGGAUGAUAUAAAAACAUCAAAAUCAGGUAGAAUGGGUAGAGGGAAAGUAUCAGGACCAAAGAAUAUGAAAAAUAAACCUGCAAUAUUAGAUUCAGAUACAGAAACAGAUAGUACAGAGGACGAUGAAGCAAUAAAACCAAAACCUAGGAAGAAAAAAAGAACUUUGUUAGGUUUUGAUAGUGAUUAAAAAAGAAAACUUUGUGUGUAUUAUUGAAUUUUAAAAACUUUUUGAUCCUUAACAAAUGCAAGUGCAUUGUCCCGAGAGCUAUUUAUGAAAGCAAGAAAAGUGUAUAGAAACAAGCUGUAGCAUGAUCAUGUUUUGUUGUCACAACAAGGAUCCACAUCAUUACAUAUUCAUCAGAGACGAUAUAUUGUUACUGUAAAUAUUUGUAUAUCGAUUGCAUGAGGCCAAAAAUGUGAUCUAUUGUUUUUAAAUAAACUUUUACAGAUUAUUUAUUGAUACAGAUCCGAAGCUUUCUUGUCCUUGUUAAUUAUUGAAAAUCCUCUUUCACUCUUAUU